AUGGCGAAUCCACUAGUGUUAAAAGUGAAAAUGCACGGACCUAUGUCCGGCCAUGCUAAUGGACAACUCUCAUUUGAAGGCGAUUCGUUGUUUUUGGAACAUGAGGAUGGGCAGAAAGUCACUGCGAUGCAUUGGCAUCCUCUACCAAGCUUAUACAUUCUUUUCGUCGCAUACGACCAAUCGCACAAAGUCGUCGUGGACUGUCUUCUCCCAAAAGAAACCAGCAAGAAUCUAAAACAGAAGUCCUUUAUCUUUGAUCCUCUUGAUCAUGAUGCCGCGAAAUCGUGGGCUGAGGCAAUGAAUGCUGAAGUUUAUAAAGGUAUCAAAAAAUCGAAACAUUUAAAGGUGAUCAUAAAUCCAUUCAGUGGCACUGGAAAAGCUAAAAAGAUUUAUGAGAGUCAAGUUCGACCGAUAUUUGAGAAGGCUCAAUGUACUUUCGAUGCCAUAUACACAGAACAAAGAAACCACGCGCGAGAUCUCGCAAAAAGCUUAGAUUUGAGCACGUUCGAUGCCAUAGUUGUGAUUAGCGGAGACGGCAUAGUUCACGAGGUAGUAAAUGGACUAUUGACACGAGACGAUGGAAAGCAUCUGGAUAUCCCAUUGGGUGUUAUUCCAGGAGGAAGUGGGAAUGCACUAAGCAUCUGUCUAUUGGGAGAAACGAAAGGACUGAGCCCUUCACAUGCUGCACUUAAUGUAAUUAAAGGGAAGCCACUUAAAGCUGAUGUGUGUUCAGUUCAACAAGGAGAUACCCGUUAUUUCUCUUUUCUAUCACAGAGUUUCGGUAUCAUUGCGGACUUGGAUAUAGGAACUGAACAUUUGAGAUGGAUGGGCGAUACUCGAUUUACAUAUGGCUCACUAAAAUGUAUCAUGCAAGGCCGUCGAUACCCAUGCGAACUUGCGGUAAAACUCAGCGAAAAAGAUCUUUCGGUAAUAAAAGAACAAUAUCGAAACUCAUAUAAUAACAACGAAUCAUCAACAAAUGAAAAUAAUAAUAGCACUACUGAAAACGACAUCAGCGAUACAAAUAAUCAUGUGUACGGCAGCAUUGUAGAUGUGUACGGCAGCAUCAAUGACCCAGUUCCUGAUGACUGGUCCGUCUUCACCGACGAUAUUUGUUUAUUCUACGCGGGCAAAGCGCCUUGGAUGUCAAAAGGAGCACUUUUCUUUCCGUGUGCUUUGCCAGCUGAUGGAAACGUGGAUAUGUGUAUUGGGUGGAAAGAUAAGCUGACGAAAUUUCAGUCUAUUGAAGUCCUUGGAAAGAUUGAUAAAGGGACUCAUAUAGAUACGAAGAUGAUUGAUUAUUAUAAAGUGAAAGCAUACAGAGUAACGCCAAAAUCUCAAGAAGGCAUAAUCAGCAUCGAUGGUGAAAAAGUUCCGUUUUCCCCGUUUCAGGUGGAAGUUCACGAGAAACUAGUCAAUUUCCUGAGCGUGGACGGAAAAUAUGUCCCAUCUGGGGUAUAA